AUGCUGGGGAUGCCGGUGUCCAAGUCCAACAGCGGCGAUGCGGGCCGUGGCGACUACGAGUACGGCGAGUACGAUGGGGUGAUGAACGUGGAGGCGAUUCUGCACACGACAGGCAGCGUGUCGCCCAACCCGACCGGCAGCCCCACCGUGGCCGACAAUGACAUUGGCGUGUACGGGAACUACAUGAGCAUUCAAGGCGAUAACCGCAAUGGCGGCAUCCCUACUCCGCUUGGUCGCGGAGCGCCUCGCAAGCCAACCCGCGUGAGUGUGAGCCCUGCCGGCAACGGCGAUAACCAGUCUGCCAUGCCGUCCUCGGCAGCCACAACGCCAGGCUUCCACGGAGCAGUGGUCGGCAGCAGCUCUGACGAGGCUGCCGCCCCGACCGCGGCGCGCCGUGCGAACGGGGUGUACACGUCGGCCGAGGCGGACACACACGACGCUAGCGCCUUCUCCACCCGCCAGGGCACGCGAAAACCGAUGCACACAGACGACGUAGUGCAUCUUCCCGCGAUCGGCAACCAGCAGCAGGUGCGCAAGAAGGCAAGCGAGGCCUUCCCUACUCGCGCGCGGGCGGCUGCGUCAGCCCUGGAUCCCUCAAAUGUGGCCACCUCAACGACCAGCAGCAACGGCACCACCCGAGCUGCAGGGACCGGCGCCAAGUCGGUGACCAGCGCUGAAAACCUUGAGGCUCUCCAGGCCCCUAGCGACAGCUGCGGCGCCGCCUCAAGCAACCAAUACACCCCGUCUGCCAUGGCAGGCAAGCAUAAGCCACCAUACCAUGCACCGCCACUCUCGCCGUUGACAGUGAAGGGUCGUCACAACAGCACUGACGCCAACGGCACCAGUGCAGCAGGCAGUGCUAAGAUUGGUAACAGCGUUGGCGCCAGUCUCCAAGAGGUCGGUACGCGGCAUCGGUCAGCCACAGACGGCACUGUGAAACGUGGUGAGUCUGUGGGAACGGAUGACAACGGCUACAUGAACGGUCACUGCGGCAGGGUGGCGACGCACAACACAACGGGCAGCAGCAGAAAAGUUGUGACCGUCUCCAAGACGAACGGGUGGGUAAAGGAAGAGGCACGCCGGCUCGACCACCGCGCCUCUGCCUUGUGCAACACGGCAACCUCGCCCAGGGGUGAUCCGCAGGCUUUUGAGGACGCUAUCAGCGGCCUAAAGUCGCGCACCAUCACCCACCAGGUCGCCUCACAGUUCCCACGGGAGCGCAUGAAGGAGAAGUCGAGUAAAAGCAGCAUCAGCGCCAAGAGCCCAUCUGCCGACGGCAGAGAUUCGGCACUGGGCCACAACGGCAACGAUGAUGCCAACACGCACACGAAGGUGAACACUUCACCAGUGCCGGUGACCCCCAAGGCAUACGUGUGGGCUGGGGACUACGAGAUGGCCAGCACCCCCGGCGUCGGCUCAACGAACUUCAACGUUGUGCCGAUGCCCAAAGUCAGUCCGCGCCUCUUCGCAGGCGGACUCAAACCUUCGACAGCGGUGGACAGCAAUAGCCGUAGCGGUACCACGUCCCCUCUGCAGGCCGCUGCGCAGAUCGUCCACCCUCUCUCGGCAGAAGCCGUGGCGACCGCCUCUGGCAACGGCGUCACGUCCCCGACAGAGUCCGCCAUCACGCCGCUGCGGAAGGUGUUCACGCGGCCGCAGAAGCCAGCAUCGAACAACAGCGGAGUAGCAGCGCAGAGCACGUGCCCGAUCCCUCACGUGCCGCUCACGAAUCCUCCGGCGUCCACCGCUACCUCUAGCCGCUCCAACAACGCGGCCCAGAGCGCGGCUGCGUCGGCGUCUCCGGCACUGUCAAAGACGGCAUUGACGUCUGGCCAUGCAGUGGCAGCCGCGAAGGGUGACAAGUCGCCGUCUGCCCUACACACGCCGACCUUGUCGCAUCGGCGAAUCAUGAACGCCAUUGACACCAACCAGCACUCCCACGUCCACUACCCGGGCGCAGUUGAGCAGACCUCCCCCACCUACGCCUCGAGCCGUGUGGCAGCACACGACCAAGCAGGCGAUUCUGGGAUGGACUUGCCGUACUCGGAGGAGCGCCGCGCAGCGUUGGAAGCAUGGGCAGACGUAUUGGUGUUAAGCAUCACCAUUCGAGGCCAGAACCUGACGCCGACCCAGAGAGCACGCGAGAUGGCGAAGACGCGCGCACGCCCCGCUGAUGCGCGGCAGAUGUACGCCUCUGUGAAUGGGCAGGGUCGUCAAGAGGUGGCAGGCGAGCCGUGCGAUUUGAACUACGACGUGCACAACGUUAUCGUGCAGCUGCGCCACCGCAACAGGCCUCUGACGAUGAACUACCCGCCUCGUUUGCCUCUCGAGGCGGACAUGCGGCCACGCAUGCGCCGCCAGCGCACACCCCGCAGCUUCUAUGGGAAUCGCAUGCCGCACGUCGGGGACGCGUGGUUCAAGGACGCGCUGAACGACGCCCGCAUGGUCGAAUCGCCCGACAUCGAGUCCAUGGAGAAGCGUGAAGAGGCAGAGUUCAUCCGCAACGGAGGUGACCCGGCAACCCGGCGCAACCGCUACGGGCAGGCGAACAACGCGUAUGGUCACCAGCAACAAUACCAAACGUCACCUCAGCACGGCGGCGGUGGCGGUGCUGAGGUGGAGGCCGACAUUGAUGCUAUAAACCGAAACAAGGUGCGCAUGGAGCAGCCGGCGUCGUAG